AUGCCUUUCUGCCGGCGACACUACUACCCCCUGACACGUGCAGCAGCUCCUGUCACCGUCACACGAGAGGUCUUUCCUCGUCCAGAUCCCUGCGCCGGCACGUCCGAGCCUCCCGCCGGUUCCGCUGUCAGCUCUCCCGUGGGCUCUCCUGUGGGCUCUCCCGUUGGUUCUCCCGUCGGUUCUGCCAUGGGUUCCGCUUUAGAUUGCGUGGAAACCACCUACGCCCCAGUCCCCUUACACGUGCGCGCGACGUGCGCCCUAUGCGCGCGUCCCGCCGCGGUGCGCUGCCACGCCGACCGCGCGGACCUCUGCGUCGACUGCGACGCGGCCGUGCAUUCCGCCAACUGCAUCUUCCGCCGCCACGCGCGCUUCGUCCUCUGCGCGCGCUGCGCCGCGCCGACCAACUGCCACUGGCCGCCCCCGGCGGCUGGCGCGAACCACACUUUUCCGCCCCGUGCAGUGUGCGGAGCAUGUCUUCCGCUUCCCCCUGACGAGACGCUCCCCAAGCGCCAGAACUUCGACGAGUCCGCCGCAUUGCUACCCCCGGGACUUGCGGGCUCAAGCGGACUCAAUAGUCUCCUUUUCCUCCCAUACUCGCCGCAGGCGCAGGCGGCGGUGGCGGAAUUUGACGCGGCUGACACGCGAAGCUCGCUGCGACUCCUCGCGGACGUCGCGGGCGCAGCUGUAGCGGGGACGGCGGAAGCAACGGUGGUGCCGGCAUUGCCAGAGCUUGCCCUCCGUUUGCCCGAAGCCCUUACUCCGGUGGAGGCAGCUGUGCCUGCUGGCUCCUCGAAAAGGGGUUUCGGGGUUUUCCUGACCAAUUCUUUCGCGGACGCAAGCAUUAUUACCACCAACGUAACCCUUCUGGGCAAAAGGAAGUCUGCGUGUAGUAACGAUGCCCCCGCUGUAGCAGACGGACGGAAACAGUGGUCGUCGCUGCCGUCUCUGGUUCCGCCGUUUACCCAAUCGGCUUCCGUCAUCCCACCCCCGCCUCUGGUCUCGGUGGAGUCGACACCACCUGCACCAGCAGCUGUGCGAGCAGCGGCAGCCGCAAGGCGAGCAGUGAAAUCGUCAGCGCCGGUAGCGUCAGAGGUGACAUCAGCCGCAGGAGCCGCGGAGCAGACGGAUGGUUACUUCCACCUCUCUCCGCGCAGCAACUUGCGCCAUCAGGCCGUGGACCGCCUGCGCCGCAUCCUGUCCUCGUGGUGCGCCAAGCUGGCGCUGCGCGGGCGGCGCGUGGUCGACCUCGCGCUGCACGUGCUUCAUCGCGCGCUUCGGGACCUGCCGCUCGGAUCCGUCGACAGCAACGCGCUGCGCGUGUUGCUCGCGGCGUGCCUGUGGACGGCGGCGAAGCUGGACGGCGGCCGGCAGAAGGAUGUUCCCAAUGGCGUCGCGAUGUCUGCCGUCACAUUGGUGGAGGUUAGCGUGCUACAGGCGGCGGAGUUACAGCUAAUGAAAAUGAUGAAUUGGAACCCUCUGGAAGGAUUUGAGGCAUGA